UUUCAGUAAAAUGCUCAAAUUUGUAAUUACAAGUAUUCUACUACUGCGGGUCUGUAGUGGAGUAAGUAUUCCCAAUAAAAGUCAACACGGCGAACUAACGAAAAGCUUGAAUUCGAAACUCAAACAACUUGUUGCACUAAAUCUAUCGGAACCUUCUCAACGGGUUCAACCUACCUUCUCUUCAAGACCGAAACUGUUGGAUCAAACCUCUCCAGUGACAUGCUACAAUAAGUCAAUUGAUAUACUGCCUCAUGACGGUACUGCAAAAUUUGGUGAUUUAGUGGAGAGUGAUUUCAGUGCGACUUGCUCCGACACUUUCACUUUUUACGUCGACAAUUUUAUCGAAGAGUUCUUUGUAAUUAUCAAUACACUCGACGCCCUCAAUCCGCGGGCAACAGUUUAUAAUCCGAUUGGAGGCGAAGUGUCCACAUGCAAAGAUAUCACCACGGACGUCACUCAAACAAUUCACCUUAUCUGCAACGGAAAGAAUGUUCACGGAACUGGAGCGUAUACGGUUCAGCUCUCUGCAGAUUUGAACAAACCGUGUAUAUUUGAAGUCCGAGCUCCAACAAAGCUGACAGUUGAUGGUGGGUUUGUAGAGGAUGUUCGUGACGAUGACGUUCAGAAAGUAAUAUUUUCCACUGCAAAUCAAGGAAUAUUCCGUUUCCCACUUGAAAAUCAGGCAGCAUUUUUAGCAUUUAAAGUCGAGAGUGAAGAAUUUCCAAUUCAUCCCGAUGAGGUGCAUCUUUAUGUAAACGGCCUAUUCGAUCAGAAAAUGGAUUUGAACUUGAGAUACGGCUGCAGUACCCCUCAUAUCACUCAACAAUCUUAUAACUGUACGUCUCAAAACUUGUAUCAUGCCAAGUUCAGAGGAUACGAUAGUGAUGGAAACAGGUUCCAGAGAAUCUACGACUUUAGCUGUGACCUAAGUGAAAUUACAUUCACAACACCUUCCGUGCACGUUUCGACGACGCCAGCAAGGUUUUGUGAAAAUGGAGGAAUUCUGUAUAAUGAAACGGGAUGUUAUUGUGGCGAAUUUUUCACCGGCGGUAACUGCGAGAUUCCUCUUUGUCUCAAUGGCGGAACCACGACUCCAGACAACGCAGGCUGCAUUUGUGAUGUUGGGUACAGUGGUGCUCAUUGUGAGCAUAUUUCUUGUCUGCAACAAUCGGACGACAAUUUUGAUGAAGCUCAGAGUGCAAUCGCUUUUGUGAUCAGAUCUUCAAGUUCAAUGAAAGCUCAGUUGAAUGAGAUUGCAGAAGCAGCCACAAACAUUGUUGAAUAUUAUGAGCUUCACUAUCCAAUAUUUUUCCAAAAAUUUAUACUCACAGUUGUCUCGAAUAAUGCAAUCACUUUCUCUCACGAAUAUGACAUUGGAGAAGAUUUCGCAAAUUCGAUUCGAAGUUUAGUUGCACCCCCAACUGAGACAGAAUGUGACGAUGCAUUAUUAGCCGGAAUAUCGAAAACAUUGGAGAACUCGGCAUUCAAAAAAUAUCCAAACUCGCCGGUAUUUGUCUUCUCGGAUGGGACAGCAAACGACGAUUUCACUACAGCUGGCUUUUUGAUGGAGCAGAUUGUCAACACCCGUGCUCAGAUUUUGUUCAUGAUAACCGAAUCUGCAAGCGGAAGCUGCAAUGUUGAUGUAAGCACAAACAUCUUUGAAUCACUCCGAUCUUUAUCUCAACUAUCCCGUGGACUUUUGAUUCAAACAAGUCUCAUGCAACUCUCAGAUGCCACGUUCUCCGUUGCUCAGGACCUUUGGCAAUACGACACAAUUUUGACGAAUGACUUGGAGGAUUGCAGAAAAGCGCCAAUGUUUCAGCCUUUUUUUGUGGAUCAAUCAAUUGACUUUUUGACUCUCAGAGCUUCCGGAUCAAAUCUCUCCCCAAUACUAACGUUGCCUAAUAAUACGCAAUUAUCUCCACAACUUUUCUACUCAAAUGGUGAUUUUUAUGUGUGGCGGACCGAAAAACCACCAGUUGGAGCAUAUUUCUUAAACAUCAACACAAACAGUUCUCACAACUCAUUUUGCCAAUAUCGUUUAAUGGGAAGAUCCACCUACCGGCUCUAUACAUCUGUCACCGAUAACAUUGGCACGGACGACACCUAUCAUGCCCCCGUCUAUCAAACCACAUCUCAUUUGGUAGCAAGAAUGGAUUCUCUCUACCUUGACGAUCCGCUCGACACAACUCUUGAAGCUGUUGUUUGGUUCAAUGACCCUCAAACAAGUCAGCGACAAGUGCUCUACGCGUCAUCGGGUGCAUGGAGAGAUCAGUGUGAAUAUGAGAUGUAUUUUGGAAUGUUUUCCUGUCCUCAGCCAUAUCUUCCAUUGUAUAUUAACAUCUAUACUAAUGACGGCUACGGUCAAGUAGUACUGAGAACCGCCACUUCAUACUGCUCGGCUACUAUUCCAAAUCCGGUCGAUAGUAAUUGUUUGAACGGCGGUGUAUACUACAACAGUACAUGCCAGUGUCCAACACAUUUUAGUGGGGAUAAGUGCCAACAGAUUAUUUGUGAAAACGGAGGAAAUGCACUUUUUGGAACAUGCCAAUGCCCUUCCGGAUUUUCCGGGCAGUUUUGUGAGGUCACCCGAUGUUUCGAAUAUAAUUCCUAUGGUUUCUGGGGAUUCAAUCAUAGAAGUCUGACGAUAAUGAUUCAUGACUCUUUGACUACAAGAUCGACGCUCAGAACGCUAAAUGACGCUGCUCCGCGAGUUAUCAAUGAUAUCCUGUACCAGCAUCCUAAAUGGAUAUCAAAUUAUCAGCUCAUCGAAUUCAAUAGCACAACUCAUACUCUGAUUGUUGAUAGCGAGAGCGGUCAAGAUUUGGUGACUGGAAUUUUCAAUUUGUACGACCAAAACCGUAACCACGCAGGAUACUCGUGCCUUGGCCUCAACUUUUAUUCCACUUUACUUGAAGCUAUUUCUCAUGACAACGUGCAAUGGGGUGGAAUGAUCUACGUUUUUCUUUACGGUCAACCUGCUCAAGACCUCGAUUCUUAUGAGAAGAUUCUGCAGAGAAUUGAGGUUAACAAAAUACAAAUCAACGUUGUCCAAUCAAGUUUAAACCCUUGCGGCCAAGAUAUCAGCCUUGACGGUCUUAUCUCGUUGACUCAAUUCUCGGGCGGAUCGUUCAUUACUGCAACCACGCCGAAUGCUGGAAACGUUUUCAAUCAAGUUCCCACAAAUUAUAUGUCAAAUUUGAUAUACGAGAAUAUUGCUCAAGACUGCACUGAUACCACCUUCUACGUUCCAAUUGAUGUGGGCACACAAUCUUUUACAACCUAUGUUCAAGGAUUUUUGAAUACUGAUGUGCAGUAUACUUCCCCAACUGACUCACUUUCGACUGUCACAAAUGUAUUCAACGAUCUUGGAACAAACGCAAGGAUCGAUCAUGUCGCUCGUGUGUGUGAUGACGGAUGGACUGCAGAUGGCAUUCAUUGUUUCAAAUUCUCAUUCGAAGAGAAAUCUUGGUAUGCAGCCUUGGCUGACUGCCAUAGCGAAAAAUCAGUGCUGACUGGAAUUUUCAACCAAGCUGAGCAGGAUGGAUUGCAUUAUUCCUCUGAUGGAGCUCAAUUUUGGAUUGGGUUAAGUGAUGUGUUGAACCCAGGACAAUGGGAGUGGGACACGUUAAACGAUAAGUUGAAUCUGACACUUCAAGACACUCAAUACACAAAUUGGAUGCCAGGGCAGCCAGUUUUGGACGCCAAGAAAAGCUGUGUCGUGGACUCAAACAAGGGCGACAAAUCUUACAGAGGCUGGAUGACUGAGGAUUGCACUAAAAAAUACUAUUUUGUUUGCCAGAAGCAUGCAUACAGCGCAGACUAUUCACCUUCUGAUCCUGAAAUAAAUCAUCUUUCCCGUGGUAUCUGGAAAAUUCGUGUUCGCGCUAAUGGCCAAUGCAGUAUAUCUAUUAGGUCACAAUCGACUGUGCAAGUCGCUACUAGAUUUACUACAAACAUCCACGAUGACGUUGGGAAAGAAGAACCAAAUAAAAAUACUGAUAUGAAUCGUCUUGUUAUAUUCACAUACGGUGUAGAAAACAAAAACGGUGCCGAGUAUGCUCAUUUCUACUAUGACAACUUCACAAUGCUCCAAGCUCAAUCGUUAACCUAUCGUGACAAUUGCAUGUUUAGUUUCAUCUCGACGCCGUUUUCCUGUCCGAAUUUCUAUUAUCAAAUGCUCAUCACCGGAAUCGAUGACUCAGGUUACCUUUACCAGCGCAUAGUUCCAGCAGCAUGCAUUGGCGGUGUCAAUGAAAACUCAUGUGCGAACGGAGGAGUCUACUACAAGGGAACAUGCAUUUGCGCGCCAAAUUUCUACGGAGAUGCUUGUGAUUAUGCGUAUUGCCAGAAUGGAGGGUAUUUGUCGGCUAACCUUAAUAAAUGCACAUGCCCAUCUAAUUUCGGUGGACAGUUUUGUGAAAUGCCAAUUUGCGAUCGAAACCAACUUGAUGUGCCAGCUAUUGGAGAUGUGCAUCGUACAUUUAUUGUCGUGCUUGACGGUUCUAACAAUGACAUAAUGAAAUCUGUCAACGAUAAUAUUGAAAAGACAAUUAAUGGAGUAUUGACAGCUAUUCAGAGCCAAGACCCCGCAUGGUUCACAAAUUUUGUUGGCGUGGUCUUCAGAGAUGCUGAAUCUGCAAAAGCAAAUCCUCCAAUUCCAUCAACUUCCAAAGUAUUCACCACAACUAAUUCCAGCGAAUUCGCAUCAAUGUUAGCAACUGAAGUCAAGAAUAACCCUUACACAGCAGGUCAACAGAAGCGAGAUAUCUUCACUGGAAUUGUAAAAGCCAUUGUGAACCAGAACGUAGUGCUCAACUCAAAAGUGUUUGUUAUCACCGCCGGAAAUGCAGAAGACACAUUAGAUCGUCCGACGGUUAUUUCAGCGCUAGCUCUCUCCCAUUCAUCUGUCAAUUUCCUUUUUAUUGGGGAUACUAAGCCACCGGGGGAUGCUGUAACUUACGAUGAUCCUACUGUGCGGUCAAUGUUUGAAGCUGCUCACAUCACUGGUGGAGCUGCUUAUCAGUUGACUUCUGCUGAUGAUCUUCAAACAACUUGGCUUUCUGUACUUGCAAGUCUACACCAGUCAUAUUAUGUCGUUACGCAUCAGUUGAACAACUGUUCGAAUUAUCAAGACUACAUUCAGCUUGAUGCUAAUGGAACCGAAGCAAUCAUUGAUAUUUUUGCGCAAACCGCACCAGAAAUUGGAAUUUAUGAUGUUGACAACAAACAAGUUGAUUCAUUCUCAAUUGUGAAAUCAAAAACCAACACAGUUAGGGUUUUCAAGCAAACCGGAGAGCAGCCAGGAGUUUGGACAAUUGAUGUCGACUAUGGGAUGAGCAACAGUGGCCCUUGCACGCUCAAUAUCCGAACUCAAUCAAAACUAGAAGUCGAUCUUGGAUUCACACAAGACGUUGCAUCUGAUCAAGGCUAUCACGAUGGAGGAGCCGUUUUGUUUCCCCGAGGCGGAGAUUUUGAGAACGCAAUAGUAGCAGAUAUCUCAGAAGGAGGUACACUCACUUAUGCUCAGAUAUUCGAUUUGGACGAGACAAGAAUCGCUUGGGCAAGCCCUCUUAUCAAGCGUGAUGGAUGUGCCUAUCCAUUCAUUUCGGAGUACACAUUCCAGUGUUAUCGCAAUCAAUUUGUGGUAGCCCUUGAUGGACUUGAUUUUGAGGGGCACCCGUUCAGAAGGACAUUCACGGUUCAUUGUGAUGGGGAGAUCCGCCCACAACCUACACCAUCAGCAGCUUCUCCAACACUAGAAUUCACAACUGCCACAACAGUCAAAACAUGUGACCCAAGCACUGCGAUGCUCGAUGUUAUAAUUGCCUUUGACUCUUCAGGCAGCAUUUCGGAUGAGAUGUAUUAUGCAACUGUCGGUGCAGUGAAUACUAUUGGGAACGCAAUUUCUAUUGGACAUGACCACUCUCGCAUUCUUUUGGGUACAUACGAUGCUAUUUCUCAUUUUUCUGGAGAUCUCAACACACUCGACACGUUUGAAGCUUAUCAGAACAAACUUGCUGAUUUAUUCAGUUUGGGAUACACCGGAAUCAACGGGAACAACAUUCAAUCGGUCAUGGACUACAUCGUCUUGCAGAACAACUCCGCUCCAUUCAGACCAGCGCCUGUGAGAAAGUUUUUAAUGUUGCUAAGUUCUCAGGGAUGGGACAAAGGGAAUGUUUCAGAGGGAAAAGAGAAUGGUUUCUCUGAUCCAGCGCCCGCAGCUAGGAAUCUUCACAAGCUUGGUCUGGAAACGUUCGCAAUUGGUCUCGGAACAAGUGCAAAUAUGACACAACUAAAUGCAAUCGCAAAGUGUAGCACCCAAGUGAACGACCAAAACGAGCUCACAAGCACUAUUUCUCAAAUAAUUUCUCUUCUUUGUGGUUCAAUCCCUAUUUGCUGAAUGCGUUUUUUGCAAUAAAGUUGGCAUUAUG